AUGGAUCGUCUCAAGAGCCGCGUUGCUUCCAGCGCAGAAAAAGCCAGGCUGAGGCUCACUUCAGCCAGCUCGUGGUCGCUGCCGAAGCAGAGCAGCAGCUUGGCUCCGGAAUACGUUUGGACCAAUGCAGACCUCGACCCAGUCCCAGAGGAAAGACGCACGUGGACAGCUUGGUCGUUUGCUGGCUAUUGGUUCAGCGACCUCUUUACCAUAGCCGGAUGGCAGAUCGCAUCGAGCACUAUCUUGAAUGGCCUUGGUACUACGGAUGCCAUUCUCAUUGCAGUGGUUGCCGGCUUCUGCAAUUCUGUGCCAACUGUACUCAACGGCUGCAUCGGUUCCGAUCACCACAUAGCUUUCCCCGUCGCCAUUCGUGCCAGCUUCGGAUACUGGUUCUCUUACUUUGCUGUAGUAACACGCUGCGUCCUCGCCUUGUUCUGGUUCAGCAUCCAAGGUUUUGGCGGUGCCUCGGCUAUGGCGGCUGUCAUCACAUCCAUCUGGCCCAGUUUCAGUCACCUACCGAACCACCUCCCCGAGUCGGCCGGAAUCACGACACAAACGAUGGUGGCAUAUCUUGUGUACAACUUGGUCCAAUUCCCACUGCUUCUUAUUCCCACCGAUCGGCUUCAAUGGCUCUUCUUGGCAAAGGCAACAUUGGUUCCUCCCAUGGUCAUAUGCAUGACUGUCUGGACAUGUCUUCGGGCGGGUGGCCGUUCAGACAUCUUUCAGGUCCAGCCUACAGUGCAUGGCACUGACAGAGUCUGGCUUUGGCUGGCUACCAUGACUUCUGUUACUGGGGGAUACUCCACUAUUGCAGUCAACAUCCCCGACUUUUCGAGAUUCAGCAAAAACCCCAAAGCACAGUGGUGUCAGCUGCCCUUGAUCCCAUUUUUCAAGGUCCUCACGUCUUUGUUUGGCAUUAUUUGCACAGGUGCCUCAAUUCACAUAUAUGGUGAAUACGUUUGGGAUCCUCUCCAAAUUGUCACAUCUUGGGGGACCACCCCCGGGGGACGAUUUGCAGCCUUUGUAGCUUCCACUAUCUGGCUUCUCGCACAGAUUUGCUGCAACAUCUCAGCCAACUCCAUCAGCUUUGCCAAUGACAUUAGCACACUUUUCCCAAGAUGGUUCAACAUUCGUCGGGGCGUCAUCUUUGCUGCCAUUGUCGGAGCUUGGGGCCUGGUGCCUUGGAAGGUCAAUUCCGCGGCAGGCAGUCUGCUCAGCUUCAUGUCUGGCUACGCUAUCAUACUCGGUCCAUUCGCGGGAAUCAUGAUUGCCGACUAUUGGAUCAUACGGCGCCGGUCAUUAGAUGUUGUUAGCCUCUACGAUCCCAAGGGCAGAUAUCGAUAUAACAAGUUUGGUACGAACUGGAGAGCGUUCAUCGUCGUUUUCGGUAUUGUUGGGCCUCUUGCUUAA